CAAUGUUUACAAAAAGCACAAGGACGCGCACCAUACCUAAAUGUGAAAAAAGCCAUGAAAUCGAUUCCAAAGAUGCUUGCUCAUCACUAGCCUCUCAAGAAAAAAUGUUAAACGUUUUUGUGACGUCAAGAGGCAAAAAAUAAGCGAGGGCAGUGCCAAAAGAAAGUCAGUGAUUUAAAAGCUUCAGUGGUGACAGAAGACAGGCAGAUCAUAAACCCUAACUGACCUGUCGGAGAAACUGAGGACUCUACGUUCUCCGCACUUGGUAAAUUCUUUUCCUCCAUGCACCUGUCAAACCAAAGGAUUAACGCCUUUAAGAUUUAAAAAUAAGCCUAUGGGACACGGACUCGUGGAACUGUCGCAGGGUCCUUCCAGCUGCAGUCCCCAAAAUGAGUAGAUCAGCUUCAGUGACCUCCUGCAUCGCCAAAAUGUAUGAAGGUGGUCCUGUGAAUUGUACAUCUAGAUCGUCAGGUCUGGUCAGACCUUCCAGUAUGGGGGCACCGAGCCAAUCCGCUGUGGACAGGCAACUGGACAUUCUAAAUGAGAAGGUGGACAGGUUAGUGACCUUUCAGGGAGAAGUCUUGAAGAAAGUUGACGCAAUGCACCGAGGCAUUGAUAACAUAGAACAGGGUAUUGGAGAGCUAAAGACAUUGCAGGAGCUGCAGUAUCCCAGCAGCAGCAAAAGACUGACCCCUGUCAUGGAAGACAAAGGGGUGUCCCUGGAUAUCAAAGCUGUAUGUGCAGAAAUUCUGAAAUUGAUUAAAAUUGUACAUCAGGAUACAUCAAAACAAAAGGCUAAAAUAGACGGAAUAGAAACAAAUAUGUCUUCAUUUGAGACAGUCGUUCACUUUGUGGGAGAACUUUUCAAAAACUCUAAAGUAGUGGAGUUCAUCUUGAAAGGCGCUGUGCCCUGGAAGAAAGGAAACCUGAUUGACCACGAAACGGAGGAAAUAUGUGUGCCUGAAGAAAAAGAUGCAGAACCACAAUUUAAAUUUAAUAACAGGGGAAUUCAAGCUGCACCCAGAGGACCUUCUAAAGAUAUGGGAAAUGACAAACAGUCAGUAGACAAGGUCAGCAAGUGUGAAAGUAAUUCUGGCAACACUAACACAACUCAGGCGGCUCCAGAUGUUAAAGAAAAAUGCAGUCCACAAAUUACAAAAGCUGCAAUGAAAGAGAAAGAAUCAAAGUGCAUUACUGGUGGACAACAGUCAAAAAGCAUACCCAGUGACAAGAAGGAUGUUAAAGAUAUCCAGAGCAGAGAACUGAACACAGAUGACUACUCCAUCAACAGACUUUGUGAUAACACACUGACCUCUAAAGAUAAGGAAGCUAAAAGAAUAAGGAGUGCACUACAGGAGAGGUCAAAUGAGGCCACCAUUCCACCAGUGACAGAACAUGAAGAUGGCAUAGACUCCACAUCAUUACUACAGCAAUGGAUUUCUGAUACACAGCAGAAGGCUCCGGCUAAGGAAUGUGGAGAUGCCACGAAGAAGAGGGACCAAAAUAUAAACAUUUCUAAAAAACAGGCUGCAAAAAAUCUAAAAUCUGAGACCCUGGAGAAUAAAGUUAGUACAUGUCCUCAACAGCGUAAAGAAGAAGAGAAGUCCUCUAAUAAAAACAGGACUAAAAUUAUUCAAGAACAAAAAAUCACAAAGCAAGACUGUGUAAUGGAUUCUGAAAGACCAUCAAAAUUAUUUUCUGCAAAGCAAAACUCUGUAAAGGGAAGCACUUCAUUUUCAGAACAGACGCUUGAACAACAACAGUACCAAAGUGGUAUGGAGAAUAAGACAGAAAGAGACAGAAAAGGGGCUGAAUGUACAGUGAAAGAAUCGGAACAAAAGACAGCACUUCAGAAUGACAUAAUUCUGAAACCAAAUGACCUAAAAGAAAAAGAGACAGAAACUACAGAGCCAUCCAUGAGAGAACCUGUAGAUGGGACUUCAGUGGCCGAAACCAAUACAGAACCUGAGAAACAGAGUUUAGUUGUAGUAGAUGACAGUCCUGCUCCGCCUGCACCCUUUGGCCAUCGAAUAGUGAGCACAAAACUACAACCUGUGAAUACACUGUAUAGUGUACACCACCAUGAACUGUUAGGAGGAGGGCGCUUUGGCCAAGUUCACAAGUGUGUGGAGAUAUCUACAGGCCUCUUCUUGGCAGCUAAAAUAAUUAAAGUGAAAGGUUCAAAGGACAGGGAAGAAGCAAAGAAUGAAAUCAAUGUCAUGAACCUUCUGAAUCAUGCUAAUCUGAUCCAGCUGUACGAUGCAUUCGAAACAAAAAAUAAUCUCACAUUAAUAAUGGAAUAUGUUGACGGUGGUGAAUUAUUUGACAGAAUUGUGGAUGAAAAUUAUCAUCUGACAGAAAUGGAUGCCAUUGUAUUCACCAGGCAGAUAUGCGAAGGAGUUCAUUACUUACACCAGCAGUACAUUCUCCAUUUAGAUCUUAAGCCAGAAAAUAUCUUAUGUGUAAGCAAUACUGGAAAUCAAAUAAAAAUUAUUGAUUUUGGACUAGCCAGAAGAUAUAAACCACGAGAGAAACUGAAAGUAAAUUUUGGUACACCAGAAUUCUUGGCUCCAGAAGUGGUGAACUAUGAUCACGUUUCAUUUUCUACGGAUAUGUGGAGUCUGGGAAUCAUCACAUAUAUGCUGCUCAGCGGUUUGUCUCCCUUUCUAGGUGACUCUGAUACGGAAACACUGAAUAACAUACUACAUGCUAAAUGGGAAUUCGAUAAAGAAGCAUUUGAGCAUGUGUCUGAAGAAGCAAAAGAUUUUGUUUUAAAUCUCUUGGUAAAGGAAAUGAGUGGUCGAAAUAGUGCUGCUAACUGCCUAAAGCAUCCAUGGUUAAAUAAUCUGCCAGAAAAAGCUAAGAAGUACAAGGUGCGACUCAGGUCCCAGGUGUUGUUACAAAGCUACAUGGCACAAAGAAAGUGGAAGAAACACUUUUACGUUGUAGCUGCAGCCAACAGGCUCCAAAGAUUUCGUCUGCAACAUUCAGUGAUGCAGAAGUAGACUGCAUAACAACUGGAACAGGAAUUAACUGGAGAUCAGUUUAGCUCUUAUAGUGAAGUCGUUCACUGUGUUUAUUUGAAGUGUAUAUAAUAUAAGCUCUGUGGAAGGAGGAUCAUCGCUUCUUUUCCCCACUUAACAUGCUCUCAGAGUCUAAACAAUGUUUAUGCUAUGCUCUACUAUGCUAUAUGUGAUCUAUAUUCAUAUGGGACAUUCCCAUAUAUGCAUUACGUCUUCUGCAUAUUGUAAAUCUAACCCUUUUGUUAACUGAAUUCACUGAAAACAAACUAAGUGUGCACUUUAAACACUGAUUAACUGGUAAGAAUGUGGCUUUCUUUUUGUGUCUGUCAAUGCAGAGGGCAAAUUUUAGUGAACAGUGUUACUUUCAACUGAGAAGGUCAUAGGAAAGACAUUUUUUGUUGCAUGCAAACACUGAGAAAUUUUAAUGACCACAAAAACGUUGGCACAAAGCCUGGCUAAGAUACUGUUAUAAAUAACUGACAGUGAAAAUCCAUACAGGGGGCAUGUAAGUAGGUGUGGCAGUCAUAUAUAUAUAUAUAUAUAUAUAUAUAUAUAUAUAUAUAUAUAUAUAUAUAUAUAUAUAUAUAUAUCCAUGCUGUUGUUAUAAUUGCACCGUUGAACAUAGAUCUCAGCAUUCUGCAAAUCAGGUUCAGGUUAUUUUGCAGUCGUGUUACAUAAGCUUCUUUAUAGCUGCUAUUACAUAUUUUUUCAGUUUUAAUUUAAAGGACAGUUAACAAACCAAAUUCAUUUAAAUUUAUUGGAUUUACUUUUCCACAAAGAUAUAUUGUGUCAAUUUUAUUGGUUAAAUGUAAAACUUGCUGGAAAGCUAAUGAAUAAAUGCAUUUAAAAAAAUGACCAGCAUCUCAGACCAGUUAGAUUACAAAAAAUAUCCAAAGUGUAUACAUUUCCUUUAUCACUUUUUAACUAUAAGAAAAGAAAUUGAUGUUUUAGAGUAUACUGCUGUUUACAAAGAAAUCUACUUCCAGAACCACUUGCAGAUUCUAGUGUUCAGUGACAACAGUCCUAACAGCAUUGUCAGAAUUUCUUGACUCAGAUAAUUACUGUAGUUUAAUGAUAAACUUUAUAUGAGAAUAAAAGGUCAAGAUCUCACACUUUUAUGCAGCACUUCAUAAAAGAGUUACUGCUGACCCUGGAAGGCCAAGCACUUUUGCAGAUUUUCAGCAGGGUCUCUGCAUUGCAUUACGUGUAGCAGAUGACAGGCAUAGAAAUGUAUAUAAACUGACACACUAAUGUAGGUUCUAGCAUGUAGCAGCAUUUUGCUGACUAAUAUUGUCUUUUGGCUUUUCCUGGUUAGGGGUUUCCACAGUGGAACUCCGGUCUGCUAAUGAUUGGCAGUGGAUUUUUAUGGUGCCGCGUUGCCAGCCCGACACCCAACCUUCAAAGAAGGCACACCCAUUCACGCAUGCACCUGACAUUGUGAAAUACAUACAUCUUAGACAGGACAGGGGACUCCAGAGUUUAAUACAUUCUCCAAUCCUAAUUAUGUUAAGACCACACCCCCUCACCAGCUUACUGAUUACAGUUAUCAUUAGUAGAAUUCAGGAUGGCUUCCUGAAAUAACCAGAGUUCAGAACGCUCUGCAUUUUGCUUAUCAAAAGAGAGUGUUCAAAUUCCUAAGCCUUUUCAGAAACUUUUGACUUUUUUGUAGACAAGCAUUUGUUAAAAAUCAGUUACCUAAAACUUCAUAUAUUUAUUUGUAGACUACAAUGUUAUAGCCAUCUGUUCUUUCAAAUUAGGAAUUCAUGACAUAACUGAUAUCACUUUCCUGAAUAAAAAAAUCAGGACUGCAAUCUGUUGCCUGUCAAGCAGUAGUCAAACCCUCAGCAAAAGUUCUGAAUCUGUAUUUCUUCUAAGACCACAUACUGCAUUAAGCACACUAGGUUUCUCAUGCAGCUUUAAAAGAGGAGCAGACAAAUUGUAACUGUUUUGUAUGCCUAUACUAUUUCUUCCAUGUUGACACCUUUUUAUGCAAAACUGUGAGGAUUUAGUUUCACUUCACCAUGGCUCUUUUUCAGUAUCAGUAACUAUCUCUUCUUUAGCUCCUGAGACUAUUCAUGCUAUCCCAGAGUCAUAUAGCUCUGAAAUUUUGGUAUCUUUACCCCCAUCAAUAACACAAGAGACUUGACACAUUCUUGUUAAAACACUUCAGAUCUGAGUUGUGCUAAGAAAAGGUGUUAUGUCAGCAAGAGAUUGAAACAAUGUAGCACGUGAAAAGCCAAUCCUGCCACUUGAUGCUCAGCUCUGCUUCUUUCAGAGAGUUUUGGGGGUUGGCAUAAUGGUUAAUGUGUUUAUCUCACAUGCAGAAGGUACAGGGUUUGAUUCUCACCUUUCAGGAAUAUUGGCUAGGCUUAAAAUGGCCCAGAAGGACAGCUGGCCUAGUACUUACCUAUGAAACUAUGAAAUAUAACUGUAAGCAGUCAUACUUACAAACGUUUCCCAGCCUGUCACACUGCUGCUGCUGCAUCCUUAAUUGCAGAUCAGGUUAAAUAUGAGAUAUUACAACACUGUAAUGUCAGGAACAGAGCAGUAAUCAUAGCACUAUCCCACCACCACCCGACUUGUUGGCCCAAAGUGGCUAUGGCCUGUUCCUGAAUCCUACUUGCCAGAAGGGCACAAAAGAUGGGGACAGCAUACAGUAUAAUAAUUCUUAGCAUUGCUAGUCUGGUUAACAGCUGGGGGUUAACUUUUAACUUCAGUUACAUACUUGUCUGUUCCUGAUUUAAAGUUUCAUGAAAAACCGAGCAU